AGCCGCUCUCUCCUUCAUGACGGAGUGAAGACGGGGAAAAAAAGUCAGCGGAGAAUGGAGGAAAGACGUAGCCUCUCCCGUUUUCGCAGCCGUGAAAUGCUCGUCCUUUGAUGCUCCUUUUACUUUUAACUAAUUGCGAGGUCCGAGCGUCCAGCAGUGAAUUGCCUCCAGGCUGCCAUGAACGAGAACUGCGACUGAAAAGACUUAAAAGUGCGACGCAUGGGAAGUCAGCUGAAGAGACCAGACUCUUCUCUGCGAGGACCUUCAGUGACAGCAACCUUGGUGAUUUGAAGAUGAAUGUCAUACUCCUUCACUACAACCACACUGGAAAGCUGGACCACCGGCUGCUGAGCUCUGACACAAACUCUGGAACUUUGGAUAUCAAAAUCAUCGUCUUCCUCAUUAUUUGCAGCUUCAUCGUUCUGGAGAACCUCACCGUCCUGGUGGCCAUAUGGAGGAACCACAGGUUCCACAACCGGAUGUACUUCUUCAUUGGGAACCUGGCACUGUGUGACCUGCUGGCUGGAGUCUCCUACAUGGUCAACUUGCUCCUCUCUGGGGAGAAGACGUUUGAUCUCUCACCGACUCUGUGGUUUGUUAGAGAGGGCAGCACAUUUGUAGCGCUCAGUGCCUCCAUCUUCAGUCUUUUGGCCAUCGCCAUAGAGAGACACCUGACUAUGAUCAAAAUGAGACCUUAUGAUGCCAACAAGAACUACAGAGUGUUUCUGCUUAUAGGGACCUGCUGGCUGAUUGCUGUGACCCUGGGAGCUUUACCCAUCUUGGGUUGGAACUGCAUUGGCAACCUCCCAGACUGUUCCACAGUCCUGCCUCUUUACAGCAAGAAAUAUGUAGCUUUCUGCAUCACACUUUUCAUAAUCCUGCUUUUAGCCAUGUCGGUCCUUUAUGCUCGCAUCUACAUCCUGGUAAAAUCCAGCAGCCGAAAGGUGAGUAAGCACAGCAACUCUGAGCACGCUAUGUCCCUUCUACGCACCGUCAUCAUUGUAGUCGGAGUCUUCAUCGCCUGCUGGACGCCCCUCUUUGUCCUGCUCCUGGUGGAUGUGGCGUCUGAGCAGCACUUCCCAGUCCUCUACAAGGCUGACUGGUUUAUAGCACUGGCUGUGCUCAACUCGGCCAUGAACCCGGUCAUCUACACUCUGGCCAGUCGCGAGAUGAGACGGGCCUUCCUGGCUCUGGUCUGUGGCGUUUGCUACAAGAUGAAGGUGCCGGUGAAUGGCAGCGGGAACAGGCAGUCCCUUGAGCCCAGCCGGAGCAGGAGCAAAUCGUGGAGCAGUCAGAACAACCCGAACCAGAACCAGCAGAGAGGCCAGGAGACGAACACUGGAAUGAAUAGAGAGGAUGCUCAACAGGGUGUUUAGAGUGAUGGGAAAAACUGAGAGAAGAGUACCAGAAAUCAAACAAAAUGUGGAAAGAUGCUUGAUGAAUGAAGUCAGUUUAACAUGAAGCAAGUCCAAUAUGAAGAUUGGACUGUACAGCACAGAAGUUUCAGUUUGGUGACUAAUGUUUACAUAUCUUAAGCAUCUGUAAUUGAGACAUUACAUCCAGUAACUGUGCUGGUCUCAAUAAUUGAAUGUUGUUACAAUCAGUAACUCUGCUGGCAGGUUUUGCCUCCUUGUCAAGUCCUGAAACAAACCAAAAUAUGUUCAAAUGGGAUCAUUAAAAUUACAGGUAACUUUUUUGAAUAUAAAGAACGAUCAAUAUUUUUAACAGUGCAUUUCCAGAGAACAGGGCAGCUCAUUGCUAGAUACAAUUUUAGUGAUCAGUAUUAUAACAUCUGAAUAAAUUGUACCUUCAUUUUGCAACGUAUUUUAGAAAGUGCAAGUAGAGUUCCACAACAAACUGAAGCAUGAUUGUAGACAAUUAUGUAGGAAUAAAACAGCUAGCUGUAUUUAUUGAUGUAUAUGUUAUGCAUUUAUAUACAUAUAUAUAUGUAUUUACCAGUAACUUGAUUGUAAAUUCCUGAUUGAUAAAGAACACAAGAAACUGCAUCCCUUUCACCUAUUUUGCAUAAUGACGAAUGAGGACACUAUUAUAAUGAUACCAGGGCUCCCUCUGCUGGUCAGGUGCAGUAUUGCUGCAAAUGCAGUUUUUAAUUGUUCUCAUGGUGGAAGUUAGAGCUUGUGUAAAAAUGUAACCCUGGCAAAUCAAGUAUUUAAGAAAAAUGUGGAUGCUGCAUGCAAAAAAAAAAAGAGUAUGCAAAAUAUUUUAGCCUAUUUAUAUAGUGCAAUAUACCAUCUUUCAAACUCAAAAUAAAAUCUAAAAAGAAUCUGGAGUCUCUGAUGACAGACCAGUGACAAGUGCACAUAUUUUUUGAGAGCAUUAAUUUUUCCUGUUCUCUGUUUUCUCUGUGCAGUUCUCUGAUCAAAAUUGGAGCGAUUGUGUGGAACUUAAAAGUUAUCAACCCUCCAUUUCAAAGAAUUGAAAAAUAAGGAGUUUUGACAUAUGAGCUUGAAAUUAUUACCAACACAUUAGUUGUUGGUAAACGACGCAAACAGAAUCAAUUAAAAUAGCUCAACUGGACACAGUUUACAAAUGUUACCUCCAAAUAACACCUUAAAUGGCAGCAAGUCUCUUAAGUCUUUUCUUUCCAUCAUGACAGGUCUCUUUAAUAAAUAGUAGGGACUUCAUUGAAUCCAUCUUUGCUUCCUUUCCAAUGCCAAAAGAAGCAAAGGACAUCUAAAGCCUCACAGAGCCACCAGCAUGCUUCCUACCUGCAGGCAUGGAACUUUUUUAGUCAAUACUUAAUUUUUCCUUCCUCUCAUAAACCACUGUUCCAUAGUCUAGGUUUGAUUCAUUGCUCCUCAGAACUAGAUCACAAAACCUCUUUGGCCUAGUUACACAGUGGUGAGUAAAUUGGAUCAAACUUUUCUUGUACUUUUGUGUCAGUAAUGGGAUAUGUCUUGAAGUUGAGACAUGAAGCCCUUACUGUGGAAACUUGUAAGGGCCUGUACAGUCAGUUGAGGGCUUUUGGGGGGGUUGAAUCAGAAUUGGUUGUCAUCGAGCGUGACACAAACAAAUUGAGUCUUUCAUCCAUCCAACCAUUUUCUUACAACUAUGACCUUGGAGGGGUCAGGGAGGGUGCUGGUGCCUAUCUCCAGUGAACGUUUCGGGCGCGAAGCAGGGUCACCUUGGACAGUCUGUUGUGAAAUUAAGUCUUUCCACAACAUUUUUAAAAAAAAGUAAUUUUUGAAAAUAUUUAUUUUAUUUAGCUACCUUAACUGUUUUUUAGUUAUUAAUUUAUUGCAAAUGCGUUCACACCUGACUUGCUGUGAGGGUUGAAUAAUUUUUGGCGCAAAUACAUGAGUGCUACUCUCUGUGUGCCUAAUGUCAAACUUUUUUUAUUCUGAUCUGUCAACAAUCUUAAAUGCAAAAGCUCAAACUAUAAAAAUCAUUCCUGUCUUUUUUUUUUUUGAUGAAUGUUUUACCUCAAGUUGUAACAUUUCAAGACACGAGAAAAUGUGCAUUGUUGUUUAUUUUCACUACUUAUGUUCAAGAUGUUACAUUAUAAAUGAAGUUUAUUAUGUUGAAAUAUUGAAUGAAGAAAUCUACCAAAGUGACUGUUUGGUUUGCAAGUUAUAUCCAGGUUAUUUUCUCAAUACCAAAUCCUGUCAGUCAUCUAUUAAUCUACUUAAUCAAAAUGAAUAAAAGUUAUUUUGGGGUUACUGUGGAUCAGUGGAUGGAAUAGUCAUUUUGCAGUUUGAAAGCUGCGGGUUUGAGUCCAGUGUUUUUCUGCUGCAUGCUGAUGUGCCUUUAGGCAAGGUGCUUCAGUCUGCUGGAUGUCUCACAAUCUACUUAUCGGUGUUUGAACAUGUGCGCCUAGUGAGUACUACUGGGGGAAUUUGGCUCUAGUGUAUUAUCUUUUGAACAGUCAUUAUGCUUAGAAAAGGGCUAAAUAGAUUAAGUUUAGUGAAAGUAACAGAUUUUUCAAACAUCUACGGGGAUCAGCAGUAAUAAUUUUUGAACAUGUAAAAAGGUAAGAUGUGAACGCAAAACGUAGACCAACCAAUGUAGGUAAUCUGUCUUGCAAACGUUUCAACCUAAAUGGCAGCACUGCUCUACCAAAACAGAAACAAAUACUAUUAUUGUGAAGAGGUAUUAAUUACCAAAUGUUGUUUAAAAUUUUUUUUGACACCUGAAUUUUGUAUAUUGUUUUCAAAUUUACUGUCACCUUGAAGAAAAACCUGAAAACGGACAGACUUAAACAAGACAUUAGUGUACAGACAUGACGUUUUUGCUACAGAGCUGGAAAAGGAUCAUUGUGAAGAUUUAGCUCUUUGGUUUUUCUUACAGCAUGUUUAUUUGUAUUUACUGUAUUGUUUACUCAAAUUAAAAAAUAUAUAUUUA